AUGACUGCUUUCAAACACCUGACGGUGAACCACAAACUAGAGUUCGUCAAUCAGAGCACUGAUCCACCGACCCAUACGAACACCAUUGAAGGUAUGUGGCGGCACGCCAAGUUAAAACAAGAGAAAUUUGACAUCUUCAAGCGCUUCAUGGAUGAUGCUUUUGCCCUCUUCAAGGAUGGCAGAAGGCAUCCCAGUUUGGAUAUGGUAGAUGACGAGAAGUGGAUGCUACAAUACCUCGGUGUCCUAACUGACAGUGAAAACCCCGAGGAAGACACCGAGGAUGACAGCAGCUCCACUGAUCUCUGAUUCAACCAUUUCCAAAGUGGGAUUCAUCCAUGGAGGGCUGUUUAAAUGGA